AUGCGUUUCUCUGCUGUCGUCGUCGCCGCCAUGGCUUCCAACGCCGCCGCUUUCGGCACCUACCGCCAGGCCGGCUCUUGGGGCUGGGGCAACUUCGGAGGUAACUGGGGCAAGGGUGGCGGCCAGGUCUCCACCAUCACCCUCCAGCCCACCGCCGUCCCGGUCCCCACCACGGCCCCCGCCGUCGUCCCCACCCCGACCGCAGUCCAGGAGGAGGCCGCGGCCACCACGCCCGCCGCCGCUGCCACUUCGGCCGCCUCCUCCUCCGGCUCCAUCGACGCCGACCAGCAGAAGGCCCUCGAUGCCCACAACGCCGCCCGCGCCGAGGUCGGUGUCUCUGAUCUCGUCUGGGACGCCACCCUGGCUGCCAACGCCCAGGAAUGGGCCACCCACCUGACCUCCGUCGGCUCCCUCACCCACUCCCAGACCAGCGGCGAGGGCGAGAACCUGUACAUGCAGUCCGGCGGCGGCGCUCCCAACCUCAACGCCGCCAACGCCUGGCUCGGCGAGAAGUCCCAGUACAACGGCGAGACCAUCUCCUCCACCAACUACAUGAGCUUCGGCCACUACACCCAGGCUGUCUGGAAGUCCACCACCAAGGUCGGCAUGGCCAUCGCCACCGACUCCAAGGGUGCCACCUACGUCGUUGCCCGCUACUCUCCCCCCGGCAACUAG